AUGAACCAGGCGACGAAUGAAUUUGAUAAAAUUAUUAAUAGUUGGAGAACAAAACUUAUUCAGCUGAUCGAUGAUUUAGCCAAUAAUGCAUUAAAACAACAAUUAAAUUAUUUAGAUGAUGUGUAUGAGGAAUAUCACGAUAAUAAUACGCUAAGAAGAGAAAUGAUAGUUUAUCAGCAAGUGGAAAAUGAAUUAAAAAAUAAGUUAAAUGAAGAAACUACUAAAAAGUUUCUUAAUUACGAUAAUGAUGAAGAAUAUGGUAAUGAAUCGAACAAUGAAAUUAAUAGAAAUAAUAAUAAUAGUCCAAUUUUAAUUGGUCCACAAAUAUUAAUAACUGACGAAAAUAGUGCAUCACAUGUUGAUAAUUCGAGUGAUGACAGUGAUCGACCACCACGUUUAAUUCUAUCACAAAUAUCUGUUACUGAUGAAGUAGAUGCUGAUCUAUGUGUCCACGUUAAACAGAGUGAAUUUGGUACUAUAUCGUGUGAUGAAGACAAAUUUUAUGGUUCUAUUGCUGGUCAUGGUAAUGAAUUAGUUUAUUUUCAGUUUGAUAAUAUAACAAAAAAAGCACAUUUAACGGUUGUACCAGGUAUACAGAACACAGAUCAAAUACGUACUUAUGACUUUCAACAAUUUGUUAGAGAUAUGGAAUAUUCCACAGUAUUAGACUGCUAUCUAUGUGCAACCGCCGCAAAAUAUAAGUGUAGAUUAUUUAAAUUUUAUUCACAAACAGGUUAUACUGUUGAAUGGAUUAAUUUCACUGAAUUUCGUCCACAACACCGUAAUGAAAUAUUGAAACGAAUAUUUUGUACCAAGAAUAGGAUUUAUUUAAUAUUUUGGAAUGAAGGACGAACUGAUGAAUUAGUUCUACUUGAUUAUAAUAAAAAUAAAAUAGACUGUAAACUGAUAAAUGAUUUGAUCCAAGAUGAAAAUUGCGAAAUAAGUGAUAUUAGCGGUCCAGAUAAUGAUAAGCAGUUAGCAUUAGCAUAUAGAGAUAAACAAAAAUUUGGUAUUUAUAUAUAUCAAUGUUUAAAUUCAAUAUGGUUGCGUAUAAAGAAAGUUUACUUAGAUGAAAUCGAUGACACCCCAUAUUUUUCUCCAAGACUUUGUUGGUUGAAUCAGUUAGAUCUUUAUUCCAUUAUUGAUUUUAAAUCUGGUGAUAUGAUAAUGAUGAACUGUAAAGGUGACUUGAAGGGAAAACGUUCGUUUAUUUGCUAUUUAAAUGUUGAUAGACCAGAAAUAAGCCCAAUUAAUGUAUGUUCACCAAAGAACAAAAACUGGUUGGCGAUUCGUUAUGAAAAACUAAUUAGCAUUCAUCAACUUAUUGAUUAA